AUGGACGAUUUGGAUAUAUCUGAAGAUACAACUGAUAGGGAGCAAGAAGACUUGCCUUAUGAUGGGGACCUAUUUGAGAAGACCGAGAUGCUGGAUAUUCACUGGGAUGAGUCUUUUCCCUUAAUAAAGAACAUGCCUCUCCAACCUGUUACCUUUACGUACACAGAAUUAUCUCAAUCAGACAUUUCCAAUGGAGCCCUCAAAUGUGUAGAUGACCCUUUGCUUGAAACUCAUAUAAAUAAAAAGAGCAAUGAAGAGGACCCGUGCACUGGAUUUUUUCCUGUUCCAGUUAAUGAGGAAUCUUCAAACUCAAAAAUUUCUGAUAUUUUGCUACAAUACAUGUCCAAAAAUGAGUUCUCCAAUACCAUCCAGCCUGUUGCUUGUGAAACUUUUCCUGAGCCAUCUUUUGAAAGUUUUGAUGAAACCAUUGUUAAAAGCUUUAUUUUGCAUUGUAGCGAGACUUCUUUGUCAAGAGAACCAAAAACAAAACUUUCUGAUCAUGUCCUUUAUCAAACAAAUGCUAUAUGUAAACAGUCUUGUCACAGACAACUCAUGAGGAAAGAAAGUAUUUUUAAUUAUGAACAAUCAGUGGCUACUGGAGACUGCUUGCAGGAAAUUCCACAUUUUGUAGAUGAAAAGGAAAGCCCAAAGUAUCUACAAAAAAUGUGCGGAGGGCAGACUCCCCAGAAAUUUUCGCUUGAAAGACUAAACUCAGAUAAUGGGCUUAACUGUGACCAGCAUCAAAUUCAGAAUCAUCUUCUUGAUUUAUCUCAAUUUGCUUCCAAAAUCAGAAUGCCUAACCCUAAUAUCAGUCAUAGAUUGGCUACUGUAGUUAAACAAACCAUCUCCUCUCCUAACUUGAGUAGGAAAGCGGCUAUUGUACAAGAUGGGUUAGGAAGUGUGGUUAUAAAUAUUCUUGACCGAAAGUCACAAGAGGAUAAAGAAAAAACUACUGAGUUUAUGCAAGACUUAAAGUUGAUGACCGAAUGUGUUGAGGCUCAACAUCUCAUUGACCAACUAAAGUUCAAUAAUGAGGUACCUACAGACCCUCUCCUGGAUGUUCCAAGACGAUCUCUUACAGAAAUAGCACCUGAGACAAAUGUCUUAAAGUUACCACCAACCACUGAAGAACAACUGCCUUCCAGUCCUUCACAAUUACUUAAAAAAACAACAAAAGGAGACAGCAUGCGUCAAGAGCUAUCAGAGAAGACCAAGCACUUGAAAACUAAAGUAGAAGAGCUUUCUAAAAGAGUAAACUACAGUUACAUUCCUUCAAAAGAAAAUAAACAGGUACUGGAGAUAUUACAGGGUUCCUUUGAAGAGCUGGAGCAGAACUAUUUGUCCAUUAAAGAGACGCAUCGAAUUUUACAGAACCACAGUAAAAAUUCUACAGCAUUUGAAGAGUUUGAUCCAGAAAGAAAAGUUGAAGGUGAAAUCUUUAAGAUUGAAAUGCUCCUUGAAAAUAUCAGGGACAGAAUUGAUGAAAGCGCAUCUGGUUCUAUUCCUUUAAGCUCCUUGGAUGCUCUGGAUGUCUUGGACUUUGCAUUAUGUCCACUACCAAAUGAGGUCCCAAAACAAGAAAAUGGGCACAGUCCUUCAGGAAAAUCUGACCUUGAAAUAAAGCUUCUUGAUCCUGGGAAACAAGAUCAAGGAAACACUCUCAUCCCUUUUCCUAAGGAUGAGAGUGUUAAUAAGAAAGAAGUCAUUCCAGCAAAGAUCCAAGAGACUCCACAAGAUUGUCUUUGUGAACUCUACCCUCAGGUCUACCUAGGGUUACCUAGGAGAGAGGCUUCUUUCGAUGAAGAUGCCUCAAAGCUUGCUCCCAAGGAAGAAGGCGCAAAACUGUCUCGGCUGGAGACAAGUCAGCUGGCGGCAAAGCUUUCAUCGGAUUUAAUGUCCUUAAUCCCAACUGCUUUUGUGGAAUGUGAAUUUGAAGUUGGUGUAAUUGAGAUGAAUAAUUUUGUCAUAGAUUCGAACCAAAAAAAGGAGAAAAAAGAUGACUCUAGAAAGUCCAGUUGUGAAGGGUUUUCGGUCAUUAUUCAAGAAAAAGCAGUGAAUCUUAAUUUGUCCAAUUCCACUUAUUGUACAGAUGCAGGAGAUAGCUUAUUCUCAGACUCCCACUAUAUCUCAAACACAGGUGAAUGUAGAAGUUGUAAGAAUAAACGCCUCAAAUCACAGGAAAAAGAAUUCCAUUAUAAAUACAAUUGUACAGGUCAGAAUCCUUUAAAUUUCAAUGAAUGUGAUGGCUUUAUCCGGUUCUGUGCUUUAAGCAAGAAUCAAAGUUUGACUCCAGCUGCUACACACCCAAAACAGGAUGAAAAUGUUGUUCUGCCUUUACAAAUCGAGCACUUGAAGGGGUCUGAGCAUCCCAAAAUGGAACUAUCAAAGAGAUCUGAGAAAAGCAAGUCUGUCUGUUCACAAACGGAAAAACACCAUGUCCCAAGAACUUCUAAAUCCUCCCAAGGUCAAGAUGAAAUGACUCUUGCUGGAAAACGGAACCUGAAGUUUUCCAAAUCCUACCCAGGCAUCUAUGAUCAAAUUGCAAACUCUCCCCAUUGUCACUCCCGUAAGAUUGCUGGAAGCAAAGCUCUGUAUAACAUCCAAAAUAUCAACAAAGAUGAUUCAGAGAUUUUGAAUUCUGCUUUGGAUCUUGCCCUAAAAACAGCCAUCGGUUUAAAAGAAACAACUGAGCAAAUGAUAAAAGUGAUUGCGGAGGACCUGGCCAAAGCUCAGGGUCGUAGAAGUCACCAGAAAUUCUAG